AUGAGCCGCCUCGUGCUCCUCGCGCUCUUCGGUCUCGCGGCGUGGGUUUCGGCUGGACCCCUGUCCAAGCUGGAUGUGGAUGGGCUUCUUGACGACGGUGCCGCCGAGAAGUUCAACCAGUUCAAGUCACGCUUCGGCCGGAAGUGCGUUGAUGGAUCUGCCGACUGCAAGAACCGCAAGAGGAAUUUUGCCCGCAACUGGAAGUACAUCGUCGAGAAGAACAAGACGUGCGACGGUUACGAGCUCGGAUUGACGGACCGCAUGGAUAUGAGUUUGGAGGACAAGAAGAAGUUCCUGCUCGGCCCCCACUUCCAACCGGUCGUCGACGCCUCCAUUCCGGAAGUACACCCCGACGAUGCUCCGAGGCGCCGCAAGCGCGCCGUCGGAGCUACGGAGGACUACCGCCAAUACGAUCUUGUCAAUCCGAUCCGCAGCCAGGGCGACUGCAACAGCUGCUGGGCUUUUGCCUCCGUCGCGGCCAUCGAAAUCCAAUCAAACUGGGUCAACGGAAAGUACGGAACGAACAUGCGCAAAUUCUCGGAUCAGCACGUGCUCGACUGCACCAGCCAAGGUGACUGUAUCUCUGGGGGAUGGCCGAGCGAUGCCAUCAAGCGCGUGAACACCUCCGGCGUUGCCCUGCUCUCCAGCUUCCCCUACAAGGCCGUCAAGUCGUCGAGCUGUCCGACUGCCUCGGUCUUCCGCCCCGUCACUGGCCAGACCACCCUGACCUCUAACGCCGCCGGAACUCGCGACUUCAUCUGGAACACCGGGCCUGUUGUUGCCUGCUUCAAUAUCUGUGACGACAUCAACUACUACACGAACGGCAUCUACACCCGUAACUGCAAGACCACCGAUUCGGACUACCAGGGAGGACACGCAAUCACCCUCAUUGGAUACGGAACCGAGAAUGGAGUUGAUUAUUGGCUUGCUCGCAACCAGUGGGGAAAGCAACUGGGAAUGUCGGGAUAUUUUAAGAUCAAACGCGGCUCGAACACUGCCAACAUCGAGAACUACCACACCGUCGGCCCAAUUUGCGGAACCAUC